CGAAGUGAUGCAUUUAGCUGAACGAUGCGGAGGAUAGGGGGUGUCGAGCAUCCCGAGGCCCAUCAUCAGAGCAACAGGAAGACCAUCAAAGCAACAGACCAGAACACGGGUCAGCCGGCACCAUGAGGCUCUCAUCAGGCUGGACGGCUCUUCUUUCCCUUCUGAUUCACGGAGCAUCAACAGCCUGCACRGUGAAGAAAGUGGGCAGCAGCACUGGGAGAUUUGCCAAUGCCACGCUGGUGCGGCUGUCAGAGUUUCUGAGUGCUGGAUACAAGAAAGGAGUGAGACCCGUGAAGGACUGGAGGACGUCCACCAUCGUGGCCAUAGACCUGAUGGUUUACUCCAUCCUUAAUGUGGAUGAGAAGAACCAGGUUCUGACAACAUACGUGUGGUACAGACAGUCUUGGACAGAUGAGUUCUUGGUGUGGGAUCCAGAGGAUUUUGAUGAAGUCAAACAAGUUUCCAUACCCACAGCUAACGUUUGGGUUCCUGACAUCCUCAUCAAUGAAUUUGUAGAUGUGGGGAAGUCUCCUGACAUUCCUUACGUCUACGUGACACACGAUGGUCUGGUGCGGAACUACAAACCCAUCCAGGUGGUCACAGCCUGCACCCUCAACAUCUACAACUUCCCGUUUGAUGUCCAGAAAUGUAGCCUCACCUUCCAGAGCUGGCUUCAUACAAUCGACGACAUCAACAUCACCCUGAUGAGAAGCCCCGAGAAACUCAGGGACGACAAGAGCGUCUUCAUGAACCAGGGAGAGUGGGAGCUGCUCCACAUUCUCUCCAACUACAAGAUCUUCAGCGUGGACAACRACGACUACUACGCUGAGAUGAAGUUCCACGUGGUGAUUCGGCGACGGCCGUUGUUCUACACUGUGAAUCURCUGCUGCCCAGCAUCUUCCUGAUGGUCAUGGACGUUGUUGGUUUCUAUCUGCCACCAGACAGUGGAGAGAGGGUUUCCUUUAAAAUCACUUUGCUGCUGGGCUACUCCGUCUUCCUCAUCAUUGUGUCCGACACGCUGCCUGCCACUGCCAUAGGAACCCCACUGAUAGGUGUGUACUUUGUGGUCUGCAUGGCCCUUCUGGUGAUCAGCUUGACAGAAACUGUGCUCAUUGUACGACUGGUCCACAAGCAGGACCUGCAGCCUCCCGUGCCCCACUGGGUUAAGUACCUGAUCCUGGAAAGAGCUCCGGUCCUCUUUUGCAUCCACAAAAAGCACCGUUUCUGUUCCGGGCUGUCCUCACAGGCCUCUGAGCUGGAGCACUACAAGGAAAACGAUUAUGGGACGGCAGCCCAGUGCUCCAUCCACCACACCUGUGAAAUAGGACAAAGACUCAGCCAGCAGGACAGAGAAGGCGGGAUGCUCGGCCUGCGCCUGCCCCCGUCCAGGGACAGCACCCCGCCCAUCAUGGACAACAUCCUCCAGGAGGUGACCGCCAUCCGCCACUUCCUGGAGAAGAGGGACAAAUGUCGGGAAGUGGCCAAGGAGUGGCUCCAGGUUGGCUACGUGCUGGACGUGCUCCUCUUCAGGGUCUACCUGGUGGCCAUGGUGGCCUACAGCAUCACUCUGGGCACCUUGUGGUCAGUUUGGCAGGUCGCCUGAGUACUGUUGAGGGACACAACGUUGAGUGUGGGUAAACAUUUAAAUGUUAGAUACAGUUAGUGGCUCGGUGCACUAAAUUGCUCCGAGGACAGACGGCACACGGUUCAAGUAGAUUUAAAUUUAAAGGUAAAGUGACCUAAUUAUUGUCAGAAAAGUCACAGUUUUACUUCUGAAUGAAUAGUUUGAAGGUUGCACAUYCAGAUCUCAUGUAAAGCCUGAUAAAAAUGUUUUUACUUCAUCCUAUAUCUGCACUGUAGGAGUAGUAGCAUUGUUUAUAGUGUAAUCUUUCUGCAGUGCAGACAUCAUAGAGUAUACACUGACUGAAAAAUAUUUCCGGUUUAACCAYGUUGUGACAAAUCCCAAAUUUGAAUUAUCUGCAGGUCUGAUAAAAUGUGGGGAAAAAAUGUGUUUAAUUUUUUUAAACUGACUCAGCUUCCUCAGUUUUCUAAUAUUGCAAAGUAUAAAUUUAAUGGUAACUUUUUCUGACAUAUUCUUGAGUCAGAAAUGUAUAAACAAAUGUACAUUGAGAAUCCUUUAGACUGGCUAACUGUAUUUAUGAAACACUACAAAACGUCAGUGCAGUUCAUGUGUAAACUAUAAAAAUACUAAAAUACAUGAAAAACAAAGAAGUUAAAAUGAAUAAAAAUAUAUAUGAAUAAUUAUAAAUUCUUUGUGUGGCACAAAMCAGUUGUUCUCAGCCUGUAGUUCAAACAGUGGCCAGAGGAGGGCGACAUUCACAACAACAUCACCUUCAACAGAAACAAACAUUUACAAACAAUCAGUCUCACGUUURGUCACAACAGAAUUAUUUGACUGGAAGCUCAUUAGGAUAAUGUUCAUUGUGAUAAAUAACGUCCGUCUCUCGGUGUGAUCUGAUCUUUUUAUUAAAGGAAGGUCAUUGCAGGAAUGAUGCAAUUUUGUGGAGGUUUUGCAGGUUUCUUGCAAUACUUCAAAUGAAAAAAAAAAAAAAAACGUUACCGGAAAGUUGAAUUAAACCAUCUUAAAUGACCUGAAUUCUAUUUUCAGCCCAAUUUUAUUUAUUAUUAUUAUUAUUUUUCAAAWAUGACUCUUUCAUUGUCUGGUCUGACCUACCUUAAGUCUUGCAUUUUUGUAAGGUUUUCCCAUCUUAUGCAAUUUUACUUAAAAACACAAAACCUGCCUUUUUGUCCCAAUAAACAGCUUUCUGAUA